AAAAAACUUACCGCCGGGAAACAUGGGGUGGCCGCUUUUCGGUGAAACUCUUCACUUCCUCAAGCCUCAUUAUUCGGGUUCUCCCGGAACCUUUCUGCAACAACACUGUUCUAGGUAUGGGAAGGUUUUCAAGUCGCAUCUAUUUGGUUCGCCGACCAUAGUUUCCUGCGACCUUGAGCUCAACAUGUUCGUUCUUCAAAAUGAAGAGAAGCUCUUCCAAGCAAGCUACCCCAAACCCAUUCAUGGCAUUCUUGGGAAGUACUCUUUGCUCAUCGUCUCCGGUGACCUUCACCGGAAGCUUAGGAAUGUUGGCGUCAGCUUCAUCGCCUCUUCCAAGUCCUCGCCCCAUUUUCUCCACUGGAUCGAGAAGCUCUCAAUCUCCAUGAUGGACUCGUGGAGUGGCCAGAAUGAAGUUUCUUUCUACAAAGAAGCUAAAGCUUUCACCCUUCGUCUCAUGGUGAAGCACCUCCUGAGUGUUAACCCGGACGAGACGUUAGCGUCGAGGAUUUUAGAAGAUUUCCAAACUUACAUGAGAGGCUUUCUUUCUCUGCCGAUAAAUCUCCCCGGAACCGCUUAUGCUAAGGCUGUUAAGGCUAGAGCACGGCUUUCUUCAUGCGUGAAGGACAUUAUGGAAGAAAGGCGAAAACGGAGACGCGAAGAGCUUGAAGAAAUAGAAGAAGGAGAAGUAGACUUUUUAGAUGCGAUACUGUUGAAACAAAGCCUAAACGACGAUGAAAUAGUUAGCAUUAUGUUGGACAUAAUGCUGGGAGGGUACGAGACAACCUCCACACUCAUGGCCUUGAUUGUCUACUUUCUUCAUCAUUCGCCAAUUGCUUUAGCCAAAUUAAAGGAAGAACACGAAGCUAUAAGGGAAAACAAAAAGAAUGAGAGCACCCCCUUAGACUGGGAAGAUUACAAAAAAAUGGAGUACUCUCACCAUGUUAUUUGUGAAGCCAUGAGAUGUGAGAUAAUUAUACCGUCUGGAUGGAAGGUUCUUCCCAUCUUCACCGCGUCACAUGUGGAUCCAGACCUUCAUGAUAAUCCGGCACAAUUUGAUCCUACGAGAUGGACUAAAAUGAGCAGAAAAGUGACACCAUUUGGUGGAGGAGCAAGGCUUUGUCCAGGAGCUGAGCUCGCUAAAGUAGUCAUUUGUUUCUUUCUGCACCAUCUAGUCCGUACGUAUAGAUGGAAAACAAAAUCAGAUGAGUGCCCACUUGCUUACCCCUACGUUGAAUUCCGAAGAGGUUUACUGAUAGAGAUUGAACCUGCUGCAAAGGACUCGAUGAAAUUAUGCUCCCGAUCGAGCUAAGAUUGCAAAUUAUAGGAUAGAA